UUUUCCACACUGCCUCUGAUGACUUUGGGGGCAUCAUGUGUUUCCAGUCAGUGACCUUGGCCAAAGAAUGGCUUAUGAACUAAGCAAUGUUGAUGCUGCUGUUCCUGUGAAACUGCACAGUGUCUCUUCAACAGCUUUCAAGGAAAGACCUCACUCAAAGCUCACAAGGUGUGGAUUAGCAUCCCAUUGUUCUAUAGGCUGAGAAACAACCUGGCCUGAGUCUCUGCUUACAGCGGUGUUGGCCAUGUCAUCUCUUUCAGGACUUUCCAUCUUUUUCAUUUCAAUUUGGAUUCUAAGGGCCAUGACACAGCUUGCUCCUGAUUCAGUAGGUGUUGUAACAACGGACUGCAGAAUUAGUGGAAUAGCUCUCUUUACUGGAAAACGUCUCAAUCAACCACCUUUUAAUUUCUAUGAGGCACAAGAAGUAUGCAAGCAGCUAGGGCUAGUCCUGGCACAUAAAUACCAGGUUGAAAAUGCUUUAAAGCAUGGCUUUGAAACUUGCAGCUUUGGCUGGAUAGCAGAAGGAUACACUGUUAUUUCCCGGCAAACUUCCAACAAUAAAUGUGGUCAGGGCAAAACUGGAGUAGUCGAAUGGAAACUCUCUCCUACCAAGAAAUCUAAUGCCUACUGUUACAAUUCUUCGGAUAUAUGGAUUAAUUCCUGCAUUCCGGAAGCUAGUACAGUUACAUUGCCAGAUGUCUCUACAGAAAUGAACUCCACUUCAGCUCUCUCAUAUCAGGAAACUUCUAAGGAAGCUGGAACAUCUAAGGAAAAACAAACCAAAAGACUUCCUCCAUUGCUUCGUGUUAUCUGUGUAACUCAAACCAUGUUACCAACAGAAACAAUAAGAUACGAAGAGGAAAUCACACUAUCCCCAAACCGCGCAGCCUUUAAAAGUGAUGGUGUCAUAUUUGGCGGUAUACCAACUGCUCUCCUGGUUCUAGCACUUAUCUUCUUUGUAGCUACAGUUAUUUUAGCUGUCUGCUAUAUUAAAAAAUACAAGCAAACAUUUCCAUUUUCUGGAAAGGAAGAGAAAAGGGAAGUAAUUGAAACCAAGGACAUCAAAGAAACAAAGCCAAAUAGCAAAAUUCUAGAGGAGAAUCCAAAGAAUGGAAAAAAGGCUGAAGAACUUCAAGUGAAACCUGAACCAUCAGUAAAAUGUAUGGAAGCAGAAGUUUAAAGAAAUAAAUACAAGGACAAUUAAAACUGACUGAUUUUAAAUGAACAAGAAGAAAUAGGAAAUGUUUUAAAAAUGAUUUAAUUGGAUAGCCAUGUUGAUGUGAAGCAGCAGAACAAAGUCUGAGUCCAGUGGCACCUUUAAGACCAACAAAGUUUUGUUCAAGGUAUAAGGAAAUGAAAGCUUAUACCUUCAAUAAAGGUUUAUAGGUAACUGUAGAUAAUGCCAAAAUGAAUAUUACGUCUGUUUCUGUACAAUUUUUUUUCCACAUUAGCUCUACCAUCUUUGAAUAAUACCUGAUUUUACAAGGAGGAACAGUUGUCCUCACAAUAAUGUCUACACCAUUCUCAAGUGUGUUCUUUAUGGACAAUUGAUGCCAGAUCUUGGGUUGACCCCAACCGAACUAAACAAGGCCUUCUAUCUAGGUCAUAUAUGUGACUGGUCACUUCCAUUCCUGUGUGGAACCCUGAUUGCACAGACAGUCCUCAGUGUAUAAAGUUUGGUGUAUCAAGAAGCAAUGCCCAAGGAUUUUCUAAAAGGAUGAAAUAAAAUAGAAGAUGCAGACACAAGUUGUUUUUUUUCUAGUUAUUUAACGUAUUUUUUCCAAAACAGUCUUACUUUGAGCAAGCUACUUUAUCUUCACUUCCUUGAGAUUUUCCAAUAAUAUAACAAAACACACAUUGUAGUGAAACCCUGAAAAAGGACAAGAACUUCUCCUUAACAACUGUUUUUUUAAACAAGACAUUGUCAUAUUUACCACCAUUUUAAAUUAAUUAUAUAUAACAUAAUGUAUUAAAAACUGAUGGUUGCCCAGUUCCUGUUCAUCUUGCCAUAAUAGACCAUGUUAUUUUAUUUACUAUAUUAACUACAUAAUUUUCUGUAGCAGGCAGAAGUAUCUGUAAAACAAAUCUGGAUCCCAAUUGUUAUGGAUGCUUGUCUCACUGUACAAUUCAAUAAACAAUUAUGGAAAAUUA